AUCAACACAUUUCUCUCUUUUUCAAUGGGUGUGUUAAAUUUUAGUUAACUAGCAAAAAAUAACUUUGGCUUGCUAAAUAGAACAAGCUCUUCAAAUUAUAGGAAUUCAAGAGUCAUCAAAUAAAUUAGCAAGUCACAUGAUUGGAGAAUAGAAAGAAAUAUCACUUGUUAUAUCAUUAUUCACUUGUUAAAAUCAUAGUUGUGAAUGGCGCUCGCCAUUCUCGCCUAAGGCACCUAUGGCAGUGUGGCGACCAUCUGACGCCAUCCUCAGGCCUGGCGAGGCGUUUUACGCCAAUCUCGCCAUAGGCGGUCGCCAUGGACGCCAAAGGCUGUGGCAAAAGGCGUUCGCUAUGUACGCCAGACGCAGAGCAAAGCGACAUAUUGUUGGUGGGUAUUCUGAUGUAAAGGCUUGUGACAAAGUGUCUGAUACUGUAAGAGAAGAGAUUCGAUCUUAUAUGGCUGAGAAGAAGAAGACAAAAGAUCAGGUUGUGCUAGACAGGGAAGUUGAUCGACAGCGAUUUCGUGAAGAGGCUUUGAUUGACUAUGGAGAUGAUGAUGGAAUUGGUGAAUUGGCUAAAUCUAAAAAGCCAAAGUUGAACAGGAAGGGGCCUAUGGAUAUGUUUGUUAGUCAUACUCAUACUGGACAACAAAGUGCUAAGACAAUGAAUAAACAGAAGAACUUAAAUGAAGAAGCACUUAAAGAGUUGCGAAGUCGAGCAUGUUCGGCCAUAUCAAGAUGGAUGUGUGAUGCUGCUAUUCCUUUUAAUGCAGUGAACUAUGAAAGUUUCCAAGAAAUGAUUGAUGCAAUUGGAAACCAUGGCCCAGGAAUGAAAGCUCCAUCUUAUUAUGUGGUAAGAGUUCCUCUUCUCAAGAAAGAAAUUGAGCGUGUGAAGAAAUCCAUGGAAGGCCAUAAAGAAGAAUGGGCGAAACAUGAGAUUGAACAAACUAAAGAAAUAACAGAUGGGUUCUACCAAUGCCUUGAGAAAUUAGUGCCAGAUACAACUCUGCAAGAGACAAUUACUGAUGAGCUCAUACUCUACAGAAAUGCAGAGGGUACAAUGGGAUUCAAUUUUGCCAAGCGUCAGAGAAAUUCAAAACCAGCAGGUAGUGCCUUGGAUGGAUUCCUCAAGCAUCUCCAGCAAUCCUUACUGACACGGGUCGCUACUGUCCAAACCCUUUUAGAUUCCCUCUUGCCGACGCUUUCUAACCUCAGAAACUACACCGGUACGAGUGAAAUGGAAGUUCCCGGCGAAGGAACCCACAGCGGCACCGCCAUCCUGGAAACCGCCACCGCCGCCGUCCAGAGCUUCGCCCCUAUUAACAAGAUCCACCACCACCUCUGCGCAUUUCAUUUUUACGGCGAUGACAUGACUCGGCAAGUGGAGGCACACCACUUCUGCAGCCACCAAAACGAGGAAUUUCGACAAUGUUUGAUCUACGAUAGCCCAGACGCAGGGGCACGCCUCAUAGGGGUGGAAUACAUGGUCUCAGAGGAGAUUUUUUUGACGCUCCCCGAUGACGAAAAGCCGUUGUGGCAUUCGCACGAGUACGAGGUGAAGAGCGGUGUGUUGUUCAUGCCUGGCGUUCCUGGGCCAAUUGAGCGCAAGGAAAUGGAGAAGGUGUGCAAAACUUAUGGCAAGACCUUCCACUUUUGGCAAGUGGAUCGGGGUGAUAAUCUCCCCCUUGGAAUCCCUCAUAUCAUGAUGUCACUUACUCGAGAUGGUCAGCUCUAUGAUAACCUUGCUCAAGAUGUUGAGAAGCGUUUCAAAGUUUCAUUUGCAAAGGAGAGGGAAAAGAGAGCGUACAUGACCGGCCCCGAAAAUGGGAUACACCCGCUGGCUAAUGGAGCGGGUAAAGGGAUUCGAACGGUGCUUCAAGAGGUGGACUGCAAGCCCGUAGCCAACAGCGUUCCAAGAGUCUUUGUUUAACUCAAAUUAAACUUCACCUUCCUAUACAUAACAUGAUUAAGGUAAUGAAUAAUAAAGCCAUGGGCUUAAUGUAUUUUGUGUGGUAUUUUGUAUUAAUGGGUGUUAAAUUAAUGUUGUAACAAAGUGUGAGUGUGUACUCAAAAGAAUAAAGUAUGAGUGUGAUAUUGUUAUUCUCACACCUUGAUAUCUUAAUAUCUAUGUGUAUGAUUAUAAACAAACUAGUUAAGCUUUGUGUUCUGAAUGAACUAGUUCUCUAACU